AUGGCAUUGCGCUUGUGCACUACGUCGAGCACACUGUCCGCAUCUGUGCAGGAGCUUCAGGAGCGUCGGCUCGUUGAGACUCCUUGCAGAAGGAGCUGGCGCAGAACUGGCGCAGAUGGAGAGGGUGCUGCAGUUGGCAGGCUUGCUACAGCCACACUACUUGGAGUGACUCUCGUGAAAAGUGGCCGCCGACGAAGUCGAGGUCGCCCGCUCAGAUCAAGUGCAGAUGCAGUUUGGCCCUUGCCAGAGGAGGACAAGAAGACGUUGAAACAAGUGGUGAUUGUACACCGACAUGGCACGCGUUUUCCAACCAAACCAUCAGGUCCGGGCAACUUGGGAUGGCCCGUGAGGGCACAAUUCUGGGACAGCUACAAGGGCCAUUUGACACCAUUGGGUGCGAAAUUGUUGACAGAUACAGGAAUUGUGCUUCGAAAGCGUUACAUCAGCAACGGCAGCUGCCUUUUCGACGGCGUGCAGAAAGUUGAUGGCCGUGCCGUGGCAGUGUACACUUCCAAUGUGCAGAGAACCCUGCAGAGCGCUUGGUCCUUGUUGCUGGGUCUGGUUCCUGGCGCCUCCAUCUUCUUCGCCUUCCGCUCGGAGAGGGUCUUCGCACAAGCUUUGAAGCAAGCAGUUGGAGUGCCCAUCUAUGUGGAGGAUGCAUCUUCCGGAGACGAUCGACUUUUCCACGAGUGGAAGCUCAAUAAGGAGGCGUACAAGACAUGGAACAAGGAGAAUUUGAAGAGAUCAGACUUUUUGAAUUACGCCAAGGACGCACCUGAAUACAACGAGUUGCUGGAUACCCUAUUUGAACGCUUGCAAGAGCCCAAACUCGCCAGCGGCGAUGAAUGGCGGAGGCUUUUAGCGGCCAAAGACGUCGACACGCAGGUGCUCAUCGAAGAGUCUCAUAACCGACCAAUCUUGCCCAAUGAGCUUGGAGAAGAGUUGUCAGACAAGGAACAGGACAUGCUGCGGAAGAUCGCCGAUGAGGUGAAGAGGUGUUGGUUCGGGGAUGCGGAAGGAGACUGCAGCCGUUCCUAUGGAAGGCAGGCUGCAGGAUAUUUGGGCCACAAGAUCUGGCGACAUUUGGAUGAAAGUGCCAAAGACCUCUGCCACCAGCGAUUUGUGCAAUUUUCCUGUCACGAUACCACGAUGUGUGCGCUGGCAGCUCACUUUGGCAUUGAGCUGAAAAAGAUCGGCUUUGGCGCCUUCUUUGCCUUGGAAUUGCACGAGAGCCAGGGUUCGCACUUCUUGAAGUUCUAUUAUUGCUCAGAACCAGACCUUGGAGCGCAGUCCUAUGAAGGUCUGGAGAGUUUGGUUCUUCCCCUGGGCAGAGAGGAAAAGAUUCGGAAACUGAAGGACUGUGAGGUGGGCACAGUUCCUCUGGAGGCUCUGGAGGCUCAUUGCCGAAUCGAUGGGCUGGAGGAAAGUUUUGAGGCCUUUGUGAAACUCUUGGGUCGGGCAGAUCUGGGCCCUACGCGCUCAGAUUUGGAAAAAUUGCUGCAGGAUGGCAGGCAUGGAUGGCACACAUUCGAAGAGUGGAAAGAUCUUUACAACGAAGCGUUUCAUAGCUUUGAUCAAAAUGGCGAUGGCCUGUUGUGCAAGGCCGAGAUGCAGGAUGCUUUUUUCAAUUGGUAUGGCGUCCGGGGCAAGAUCACUGACUUGAUCUUCCAUCUGGUGGACAGGGAACCGGAGACUGACGCCCUUUCCGAGGAGGAUGUGUAUCUCGCCAUGUUUGCCUUAGUGGGCGUGCGCGGCAGCAUCUCUUCCAAGACGGUGAACAAGAACGUGCUGGUGGAUACGUUGCUGGAUGAUCCGAAUCAGCGCAGUAGUGGUGGCGUGACUAUGCUGAUGAAUGCUGCCAAUUCAGGUGAUCUCAAUCGCAUUCGUGCUUUGGUGGACAAAGGUGCUGAUGUCAAUGCACAAGAUGAUUUUGGUUGGACAGCUUUGCGUUUUGCCGUGCGCAAAGGCUACACUGAAGCUGUGCAGGAGUUGAUCACAGCCAAAGCCGAUGUUAAUGCUUGCUCCAAGUCGGGCAGAACGCCGUUGAUGUCAGCCGUGGCCAACGACGCGCCCAACAUUGUUCAGCUACUGGUGUCAGCUGGUGCCGACCUCACAGCACAAAACGGAGACGGGCUCAGUGCUUUUGAUAUCGCCAAGCGUGGCGGUGGAAUGGGCAACACUGUGAUCCGUGAGGAGUUCCAAGCAUCGGAUUUGGAAGACUUUGUAGAGGAGCGAAUGCGUCGCUCCACGGAACUGCUGCAACUCUUCUCUCAGGAGCAAGAGUGGUUGGAUCAAGCUGCAGACAUCAUGGCAGCCCGGCGAUUGCAAGCCAAGGAGGAGGCAGCUGCUAUUGACGCUCUGGCAGAAGAGGCUACUGGAAACCAAGAACGGCCUUGUGACCGUUGCCGUGAAUGCAAUGUGAACCUGCAGUACAGCAUUCAAUUCAACUAG